AUGAUUGAGGAUAUUCAGGCCCGUCUUCAGGCCCGUUUCCAGGCCCAUCUGGCCGGCCGCGAAGAGCUGCUCGCUUCCCCCAGUAUCGUGGUUGGGACGCUCUUGUUCUUGCUGGUCCUGUUCCAGUGGCGCCGAGCUGGUGGUUCCAAAGCGUUUCCCACCCCGAGACUGGGCUUUCCUCUCAUCGGAGAUGCCUUGGCCUUUCUGAACACUCCGGUUGGGUUCGUGAAAGAUGCGACGAACAAGUGUGGCCCGAUCUUUCAGGUCAAGUUGCUGUUCGCCAACAUUGUCUAUCUCCGCGGCACCCAGCUCAACCGCAUGUAUGUGGAUGUCAAGGAAGAUAUCUGGUCCUUUGGGGGCGGUAUUGGCAUUUUCUUGAAGAAGAUCGCCAUCCCCGGGUAUUUCGAUCAUUUCCGAACCCUGGUGGGCUCGCUGAACCGCGGCAUCAAUCGCAAGGUGACGCUGGACCGCUACACCGAGCUGGCAGGCGAGGAAGCCGACAAGGCCCUGCUGAAAUGGAGCCAGCAGCCGGAUGUCAAGAUCUUCGACGAAGCAUCCAAGUAUGUGCAUCGCGUGAUUGUGCGCACCCUCAUGGGACAGGACUUUUACGACAACCACAUCGACGAGCUCUACGAUCUGCUGCACCGCAUGGAAGACGAGAUUGGCCAUCCCCUCAACCUGCUGCUCCCUGACUGGGUCUCGCAUCCCCCGGCACGACGCCUGGGACAGGCCCGCGACCGCUUCGCCGAGAUCUUUGAGCAGCAGAUGGCGAUUCGACGCCAGAAUCCGGAGCAGUGGAAGGGCUCGCUCGACUACAUCACAUAUACGCUGGAGGAUCCGCGCACAGCCCAUCUCCAGGAGUACUAUCCCUCCCACCACACGGUGCUCAUGUUUGCGGCUCAUACGAGUACCGUGGCCAGUAUCGCCUGGACGGCCAUGGAGUUAAUUCGGAACCCACAGUACGUGGAAGCCAUCCGCCAGUCGUUCAAGGAACACGGUGAUGUGCAUCAAUCCCCUGAGCUGUUGGCGUGCGUCAAAGAGAGCGGUCGUCACUACUCUGGGGUGCACAUGUAUCGCACCACCCAUCGUCCGGUGAAGCUGGAGGAUGGCUACACCGUGCCCGAAAACUGGGUGGUGUGUACCUCGCCCUACCUGACCCAUCACGAUGCGGACAUCUACCAGCAGCCCGAUCAGUGGCUGCCGGAGCGGUGGCUUCGCCCAACUGCACGCCUGCAGAACCUGAACAACGCCACUGACGCGGCCUUUCUGCAAUUCGGGGCGGGCUCGCAUCGGUGCCCCGGCGAGAACAUGGCCGGCAUCAUCGCCCGCGAGCUGGUGUCCCGACUGGUGAAGAACUACGAUUUUCAAUGGGGCAGCCAGGGUCCGGCCAAGCUGGAAAUCUCCGACAUGGACUUUAGUAAAGUGGGCAGUCCCUGGUUGCGGGGCGAUGCGCGCAUUCGUCUCCAGCCGAGGAAGUCUGCUGCUUAG